GAAAGCAGGUCAAUGUGACAGCGGACAGCCGCGCAAUGGCGGAGCUGGAAGAUGGAAGUAGCGUAUGGGCUUGUUUCUUAUACUUUAGCCAAACUUUUCCUGCUGUCGGGUCUUUCUAAGAAGGACAAUGCGCAGAGAUCCAAGAAGAUGGAAGAGAAAGCACUAGAAGUUUAUGAUGUUAUCCGUACAAUCCGCGACCCUGAAAAACCCAACACCCUGGAGGACCUGGAAGUGGUGUCUGAGAGCUGCGUGGAGGUGCAGGAAAUAGGAGCAGAGGAAUACCUGAUCAUUAUCAAGUUCACCCCCACGGUCCCGCACUGCUCUCUGGCUACCCUCAUUGGUCUUUGCCUGCAAGUGAAGCUCCAGAGAUGUUUACCAUAUAAACAUAAGUUGGAGAUUUACAUUUCUGAGGGAACCCAUUCCACGGAAGAAGACAUUAAUAAACAGAUCAAUGACAAAGAAAGAGUUGCCGCAGCCAUGGAGAACCCCAAUCUGCGAGAGAUCGUAGAACAGUGCGUCAUAGAGCCUGACGACUGACGAGUACACCUCUGGAUAAAGGAGGACUGGUCUUUACAGUCCGGAGCUGCUUGUGUCAUUUUUAAUCACCUUACAUCAGGGAUAUAUUUUAAUGGGAUAGGGUUUUGGUUUUAAAAAAAGAGAGGGAAGAGGUCCAGUCCAGUGCCUCAAGUUUGCCCUCACGAUUGGAGUGUGGCUGUUUUUUGUGGGCUCUGUUUUAGGAUCCCUCUUUAACAUUGAUGACAGUCCCAUUGCUGGAGGAAAGUAGGCAAAUUAAAUAGAACAAGAUCACUAAGCAUUUAGCCCAUUUUUUUUUUUUUUUUCUUUUUGUUGGUGAAUAAAUAUAAAAGAAACUGGUGACGUCUCAAAACUUUAAAACUAACAAAGGGCUCAAUGUACAGCUGGUGCAAAUUCUGCACUGGUGUAAAAGCUUAGUAAUUGUUUUUGCACAGCGUGGAAAGCAAGCUGCAAAAGGUUUGAUACUCCCUGAAAAUCUGUAAAAUAGUUCAACAUUGUGACAUCAUACAGAGUGUAAGAGGAGUGCGGUUAACUCUGUCCUCUCUCUCUCUCUCUCUCUCUCUCGGUUGGGUCAUGAUUAGGCAAUGGCAUUUGAUGAAGAGUUACUGGCAGUGGGAGGGCUACUGUAUGCAUCAGCAAGUUAACAAAUAAGUGGUGGGGAGCAGACAGCCUCUUAAUACUUUACCAGCUAUAUAUUCUGUCAGUUUCAUAUCUCUUGUAAGGUACAUGGGCAGUUAGCAGUUUUCUGCAAACCUGACACACUAUCACCAUCAGGGUGCUGAAUAUUGCACCAUUUCCAUCAGACACACUGCUUAACACUUUACUCGUCAUUCGUUUGACACUUCCAGAAUCUUGCAUUUCUUGAGAGCUUCUUGACCCCAUAAAACAGUCAAUCCAGGUGUGAGAACAGUGCAGGUAGUAAUGGUAGCUUUUAUUUUGCUAUUAUGCUUAUGACAGGGUUCCGUCUUAGGGUUCUGUUAGGGGUUCUGUCAAUUUUAAUGUAUAUUUCGAUACAUAGAAAACAUGUAAUAUUGCUGAAAGUGCAGUGCUGCCUAUUGCAGAACAAUGACAUGAUGCAGAAAAUACUAGAUAAGAAUAAAAAAAGGCAAGUGGUUUCGGCCUCAAAGCUCUUUUGUUGAGUAGCACAGAAGUAAGAGGAUCAAAUCUCUAAAGGCUGUAGCCAUGAAGUUAAGUGAUUUAACCUUUUAUGUUUUCCCCUUUGAGAAUGCGUUUUGUUAUCCAUGCCUUUGUUUUAUUGUGUGAUUUCCUACUUGGAGGCAUGUUAAUGGGAAUUUCAAAUUGGUCUCAAGGCAAAAACAUAAAAACGAAAUAAACCAACUGGAAAAACAGUAGUGGGGCACUUUGCGUUUUUUUGUAGUGAGGUUUCUGCACAGGAUGGUAUGUGCCCUUCUGUUUAGGCAGGAGCACGCAGGUUCACUAACACAAGACUUUCCUUGAUAAAAGGCAGUGGUUUGCCUUGACGAGGGUUUUACCUUCAGGAAGUCAAACAAUGCAUUGAAUGCGCGGAUUGCUAUUCUAGACAACGAGAACUACAACAAAGAAAACAAAGCUACACGAUGUUCUCAAGACCUUGGGAUUCUCCAGAAGGGGUUGGAGGACAGUGAAAGGAUCGUUUGUUUUUUUUUAGCUCUGUUCUAAUAAUGUAGAGCAAUUUAGAUGUUGCCCAUGCUAUGCUCAUGUGGCUAGGUUUAUUGAACCAGAAUAUAUUUACACAAAAAUGCAGUUUGCUUUGGUGUUUGUUUUUUUGAUGGUGGGAUGGGGGUCUGGACUGAUGUCACCUAUAACUUUUACUGUUCCAGACAUCUUCCAUAGGUUCACUUUGUAUCCUUGAAGUUACAUUCAGGUGUUGCUUGUCAAACCUGAUAAUAGACUGAGUUUUACCGGGUCCAUAAUGAAACAAAAGUGUGCCUAAAGGGAGGGGGAGAAUCACUGUAUAUCAUUGUUAAAUUACUUUAGAAUUAUAUCUCCCACCAUGAAGUGCUUUUAUAUUCAGAGGAGAGUAUCCUGCUGUUUGUUAAAAAAAAUAUAUAUAUAUUAUAUAUUUCCAUUUAGCAAUUCAAUGAAGACUGAACAUGUUUAAUUAAAUGUGAUUAUACACAACAGGGCCCACUGAUUGGAAUAAUUGCUUUGUCUGAGCUUUGUCAUAUGUGUUCUAAUUUAUUUAAAAAAGGUAUUCAACCUAUUCAGACACAUUUUUAACGUUUUACCCAGUAAUAAAAAAUCAGCAUGCAACUCUCUAACCAUAAUAACAACUGUGAUAUUCAGGUUUUUCUUCUUUUUUUUUUUUUUUUUGAUUAGGAAAUAUUGUAAACUACUGACCCUGAUAUCCUUUUUGUAUUGUGUUCUACUAAAGAGCCCUCAUUGCUUUCAGAUUCUUUAUUCUGGAGAAAUGCGAUGUCAGUUUCUGGUGUAUUUCAAAAGAUGUUUAAUGCAUUAAACAUCUUUUUUGGGGGGGGGGGGGGGGGGGGGGGGGGGGGGGGUGUACAUUUGAGAAGAUAAUCUAUGCUGCAGAGAUGACCAUAUUGAUUACAUGUGGAAUGUGCAGUAACCCCUUCACACACAA